AUGUCGCACCGCAGAGUGAAAGACAUCGCCUACGACGAUGAAGACAUCUACGACGAAGACGAUUACGACGAGGGCGAAGAAGAGUUGACCGAGGAGGACAAAGAACAAAUGCGCCAGGGCACCAUAAAAGUCAGAGAAGCGCUGGGUGCCGAGUACUCCAAUAUAUCGAACAAGCAGAUAGAGGAGGCUCUGUGGAACUACUACUACGAUAUUGGGAAGUCGGUCACGUAUCUGAAGAACGCCCACAAGCCCGCGCAGCCCAAGAAAGCGAAGCAGCCUUCUCGGUUCGACCAGGCAGCAGCAGCGGGAGCGGCUGCCGCGAAACCGCAGCCCAAGAAAACAGCUGACCCCUCCGUGGCCUUUCCGCUCCCAAUGUUCCUUCCGACUAUGCGCACAGGUCGGGCGUCUACGGACUUCUUUGCCGAUACCCCUUGGCUCAAUGUUCCCGCCCACCGUCUCGGGAAGCUUGCAGAAGUUCACACGGCACCGCGGGGCUAUCUUCUCGGUGGUUCUUCCAAGCCUUCGAAGCUAGCUGCUCUGGCUGCUGCCAGGAAGAAGAAGCAGGAAGAGGCCAAAGCCAGCGCCCCCGUCUCGUCCGCCGAUGCCGGAGAGCCAGCUCAGGACAAGGCCAUUGCCCUCUUGGACAGGCUCAAGACCAAAACCGAGACACCGCCCAAGGACCCGUCGCCAGGACCGAGCGUACUUUCUGAGAAGACAAACGUAGAGGAAGAGGAAGCAAAAGCGCAAGCAAAGCCCCGCGCGUACCCCAUCCGCAGGAAAAAGAGCCCCAGCCUUGUUCGUGAGGAGCCAGUCGUUGAGCCAGAACCCCUGCCAGAACCGGAGGAACAACCAGCCACCAAAAGGGUCAAACUCGAGGACGUUUUGGGCACGCCAUCCACCUUUGCUACUUCUAUGUUUGGUCCCAGGCCUGGAGGACAGCUCGAUCAUUCCAUGUUUCCGUUGCCGUACACGUCUUACCCGGAGUAUGCUAAAGCCAAACCUUUUGCAGGUCCAAGCCCAGAUGACGUUGUGCUGAACGCGCAGGCCAAAGGUGCCAAAAAGAAGCAGAGUCAAGCGAAGGACGCCAAGGCCAAGGAUGAGGCCAGCGGCAUCAGUGAAGGUGUAGAGGGGAUCAAGAUCGACGACGCUCCGCGGGUCAAGAGCAAGAACUUGAACGUUCUCGAGGAGUACGAGAAGUCAAACAUGAAGAAGUCGGCGAACUUUGUAGUCAUUGGUCACGUCGACCACGGAAAGAGUACCCUUAUGGGUCGUUUACUCUAUGAUCUCAAGGUCGUCGACCAACGUUCUGUGGACAAGCUCCGGAAAGAGGCACAAAAUAUUGGCAAGUCCUCAUUCGCUCUCGCCUGGGUCAUGGACGAAACCUCCGAAGAACGGUCUCGAGGCGUUACCGUUGAUAUUGCAACCAACACUUUCGAGACGGAGAAGACGAAGUUCACGAUCCUCGAUGCACCAGGCCACAAGGACUUCGUGCCGAACAUGAUCGCAGGAGCAAGUCAGGCAGACUUCGCAGUGCUCGUCAUCGACGCCAGCACCAACAGCUUCGAAUCCGGCCUGAGAGGCCAGACCAAGGAGCACGCCCUCCUCGCCCGCAGCAUCGGCGUCCAGCGCCUCAUCGUCGCCGUCAACAAGAUGGACACCAUCUCGUGGUCAAAAGACCGCUUCGACGAAAUAUCGCAGCAGAUGUCGGCCUUCCUCACCACGGCCGGCUUCCAGAGCAAAAACAUCGCCUUCGUCCCCUGCGCCGGCCUCACCGGCGACAACAUCGUCCAGCCCCCACCCACAGAAGCCGCGUCCUGGUACACCGGUCCCACACUUGUCGCCGAGCUCGAGGCGUCGGAGCCUAGUAAGCGCGCCAUCGACAAGCCGCUGCGCCUCACCAUCGGCGACGUCUUCCGCGGCGGCAUCACCAACCCGCUCUCCGUCUCGGGCCGCAUCGACGCCGGCGCCCUGCAGGUCGGCGACCACCUCGUCGUCAUGCCGUCGGGCGAGUCGGCCUACAUUAAAGGCAUCGAGGUCGACAACACGGGCGAGCCCGCCGACUGGGCCGUCGCCGGCCAGAUCGUCACGCUGCACCUCGCCGAGAUCGACCCCCAGCACCUGCGUAUCGGCGACAUCGUGUGCCACGCCUCCGCGCCCAUCAAGAACAUCAAGAUUUUCACGGCGAAGAUCCUCGCGUUUGAACACGUCACGCCGAUGUACGUCGAUGUGCUGAAGGGCCGCCUGAACGUGCCUGCCCGCAUCAGCCAGCUUGUUGCGGUGCUGGAUAAGGCGAGCGGCGAGCCGACGAAGAAGAAGCCGAGGAUCGUGCAGCCCGGCGCUGUUGCGAGGGUCGUCGUCGAGUUGACGCAGGCCGUGCCGCUCGAGCCGCCGUCGAGGGUCGUGUUGAGGAGUGAGGGGAGCACGGUUGCGGCGGGGUUGUUGGAGGAGGCGUCGUGA